GCGUCGCGCAAGCGCGGAAUUUCGCUUGUAAACUUCAGAUCACAUUUUAUUUGGUUUGUGUCGUAUUUUCUCGGUGGAAAAACAAUGUCCCCUCCAGUUACGCGAGCGAGCUCCAGACUGGCGUUGGCUCGGCGGAAGGCGGCGGAGCCGGAGCCGGAGCCGGUGCCGGAGCCGGUGCCGGUGCCGGUGCCGGUGCCGUAUUCACUGCGUUCCAGAGCGCCGUUAGGAAACGCGUCCAAUGUGAUCGGUGUUCACCGAGCUGCAGAUGAGCCGAAGAGACACAAAGCUGCACGUGUAAAGAAGGACAAUGCGAAAACCAAGCAUGCAACAGCCAAACCUCCUUCAGCAGAGAACCGGAGCGUCUCUGAGGUGUGUGACACGGUCAAGCAGCCUGUUCCACACACUGAUGUCUGUCAGGACUCUGAGCAUCUUCAGAAACGGGCUGAUGCUCCACAGGCUUUCUCCUGCCUGUUGCUCAACAUCCCAGAUGUGGAUGCUGCAGACGCUGGUGAUGCUCAGAUGUGCAGUGAAUAUGUGUGCGACAUCUACGCUUAUUUACAACAGCUCGAGGUUGCGAUGGCCAUCAGGCCGUGUUAUCUGGAAGGUCAGGAGGUGAGCGGAGACAUGCGAGCGGUCACCAUCGACUGGCUCAUGCAGGUGCAGCGAGAGUUCAAACUGCGGCAGGAGACCCUCCUCAUGACCGUCAGCAUCAUCGACAGCUUCCUUCAGAUUUGCUUGGACUCUAAUGCAUUCAGUUGCAUCUGCAUGUUUUUAAAGAAUAACCCGGUGCCCAAGAAGUAUUUGCAGCUGGUGUGUGUGACUGCAAUGCUGUUGGCAUCAAAGUACGAGGAGAUUUACCCGCCCACAGUGGGAGACUUUGUGUUCGUGUCGGAUGGUGCAUACAGCUGUGGAGACAUUCGGAGAAUGGAGAGAAUCAUCUUAAAGCGCUUAAACUACAGCCUUGGCCGACCUUUUCCUACUCUCUUCCUACAGAGGGCCUGCAAGGUUGGACAGGGAAUCUGA